AUGAAGAUAGGGCAUUGGCUUCUGACGGUGGCUGUGGCCUGGUGGUUUCAACAAGGCAGCGCCGCGUUGCCCAAAAAGUGCACACACCAGUGUGGGGACGUGACCGUACCUUUUCCAUUCGGGCUCGAACCCAAUUGUCCGAGGUCCACAGAUUUUUUGCUCGAUUGCACCAACACCGAAGGGAGCGGUUUUCGACUAAUGUUGGGGGAUCUUACGAUACUCAAAAUAUCGGUUGGGGACUCGACCAUGGUCGUCAGCCUCCCCGAACCUUACGAGUGCGACGAUCAGAAUGGCACCCUAGCAAACAGAAACCUGUCCAUCAAUCUACCUCCAAAUCCUCGGUACAGAAUCUCAGAAACCCAAAACAAGCUCAUCGUCGUCGGCUGCAACGCCCUUGCGGUCGUGGCCGAUAAAGACGGGAAGUUCAGGAGAGGUUGCGCCUCCUACUGCACCAGCAAUGUCGACUUCGCCAAGGAGACCACUUGCUCCGGUCAAGGUUGCUGUCAAGCAUCCAUACCAGGGGAGCUCACGACGCUCAACAUUACCCUCUCCUCCAUCGACCAAAACGUGUCGAACUCGGAACGCGGCCACUGUGCACGGGCCUUCAUGGUGGACAACAGGCCAUUCAAUAUCUCAAACUUGACUCUCCCGACGUUCCAGGAUGUGGGUAAAAACAUGAGCCUUGUUCUGGACUGGAUGGUCGAAUCGGACGACGUUUGCGAAAAGGCCAGGUCAAACCUGUCGAGCUAUGCCUGUGGUAAAACACGGAUUGUAGAAACUUCGGGAAUGGACUGGGUUAUCGUUGCGUUUGCAGGGAUGGGUACAAUGGGAACCCCUAUAAUCCCUCCAAAGGGUGUAAAGCCAUUUGCCGAGUUGGAAAGAAGUACAAAGGAAAGAAGAAGAAUAAAGACCGUUGCGAAAUUGCUCCUGGCGUCAUAG